CAGUUAUUUAAAUUUUUCAUCUCGCUCUAACUCACUUUCUCAUUCUAACAAAUAACAUGGAGGUGGUUCUUUGAGCGCAGUAUAAUUUCUUUGUUUACGUGUCGAUUUCUUGUAACGUUCCACUUAGAUUAAACAGGAAACCAUUUACAGUUUAUGGAAUUAUUUCAAAGUGUUUUUUUCAAAGUUUUAUCAAGAACUGUAUGAAAUGAACAACGGAGACCUAGGGGGGCCUAGAGGUAGAGGCCGCGGUUGGCAGCAGCCAGAAAAUCAACCAAGGGAGCUUCGCCGGCCCCGAAUUGUAACCGAGGAUGCAAGAGUGGAACCUCCAAAAUCAAAUUUGUCGGCGGAAGCGAAAGAAUGGUAUCCACCAAAUUACAACCCCCAGGCGCAAACAUUUGUGCCUGCUGAACCAGGCCCAUAUAGGCCGCCGCGCUUUUCGGUCCAAGAUCGUUUGCGCCAAGCGCAAGAUCAGCAUCCAUACAACUUUGAUGAUAUGUCAUACUCCCUUGAAGAAGCAGAGAAUAUGGACUUACGGGAAAACAUCGCCAACUUGAUUACCGUCAUGUGUGAGAUAACAUUUGACCCAGGCAAGUUUGACACUCUCUGUGGCCCUCUCGUGGACUCUUUUGCCUUGACAUUGCAUGAUGCCAGCUACACCAGGCCUUUGGUUGAGGCCAUCGUCAACCAGUCAAUAGGAGAGUCGAACUUCCGUUACAAUGGCGCGCGUCUGUGUUCGAUGUACGACUCUGUGGCGCCGCCCGAGGAGUCUACUUUCCGCGCUUGCCUUUUGGAACGUUGCUCCGCUGAGGAGAGUAAGAUCAUCAGUGGUGUCGAGACAUCUGAAGAAAAUAUGCGUGGAUUCGCAAUGUUUUUAGCUGAGAUAUACACUCAACUGGAAGAUAGCCAGGGUGGACGAUUGAAAUCUCUUGGUGAAAGUCUCUGUAAGGUACUACUUCAUCUAUUGGACACAGACAAAGAAACAAAUAUCAAAGCUGUAUGUCAACUCCUCAAGUUGUCCGGUAUAGCGUUGGACGCGGACUGCCCGGCGGGCAUGCACGCGGCGUUCGAACGCUUGAAGCGGCGCGGCCACCUGCCGUCUGUCCGCAACGUGCUCUCGCUGCGGGCCGCGCGCUGGGGACUUGCCGACCCCGCCCCCAACAACGACCAUCGACGUAGGCACGGUCAGUAAAAAAUCUCCAUUUUCAACCGUCACGAGCUCUCGGCCUAUAACGCUAGCCAUACUAGGCCGAGAGCUCGUGACGAUAAUGUACAAGAGUUGUGUAAAUAUAUAAAAUAUGUAUAUAAAACUAAUUUAUUUCGGACAUGUCCAUAAUUUUAGUUACAAUUUACAUUAAAAAUAAAAAACUUAUUAAAAAAGCUUAUUAUAAGGUAUCCGAUUAAAUAACAGAUGC